AUGGCCUCCCUUUCCCGCUCCGUCUCGUCAUUGGCGGUUAGCUCGAGAAUCAAUGUCGUCCUUAGAAUUGGUUCCCGAGUGCCACGCGCUGCCAACAGAGUGAGCGGCACCUACACUCCAAUCGGUUGGCGAUUUGGAAGCAGUGCUGCGAUCCCAAGAAAGGAGCCUAUCGUCGGUGAUGCAGAACCCCCUACCAAGCUGGUUGGCAACUCGAAAGUCUACAAGAGCGCCGAGGAUGCAGUAGCAGACAUCAAGAGUGGCUCUACCAUCUUGAGUUCAGGCUUCGGUCUUUGCGGUGUUGCAGAAACCAUUAUCCAAGCAAUUGCGAAAAGAGGACCCAGCGAGGUCACCAACCUGACCGCAGUCUCCAACAACGCUGGUGUGGGAGAUGGCGGUCUUGCUUCUCUGGUCAAGUCUGGUCAAGUCACAAAGCUGAUCAUCUCAUACCUUGGUGGUAACAAAGUACUCGAGAAGAAGUAUCUCACAGGAGAAAUUGGCAUUGAGCUGUGCCCACAAGGUACACUGGCAGAGAGAAUCAGAGCAGGUGGUGCAGGUAUUCCAGCUUUCUACACCCCUACUGGUGUCAACACCGCCAUCAUGACUGGCGACAUUCCCGUCAGAUUUGGACCUCCCGCUGAAGGCUCCACCGAACUUUCAGUACUCGAGUCAGGCACCCCUCGCGAGACUCGUGAAUUUGACGGAAAGACAUACAACAUGGAGCGCGCAAUCAAGGGUGACGUCGCUGUUUUGAGAGCAUGGAAGGUCGAUGAGGCUGGUAACUGUCGCUUCCGCUACACCACUCAAGCCUUCGGUGUUCUCGUUGCAAAGGGCGCCAAGAUGUCCAUCGUUGAAGCCGAAGAGAUUGUUCCUGUCGGCUCGAUUCAUCCAGACGACGUCCACCUUCCCGGUAUCUACGUCGACCGCAUUGUACCAGCUACAGCCGAGAAGGGCAUCGAGGCAAGAAUGACCCGUCCUUCAGAGGGCACCUCGACCGAGUCUGCACCUGCUAAGGAGAAGUCGCCCGCAAUGGUCAGAAGAGAGAGAAUCGCCAAGCGCGCCUCGAAGGAACUUCACAACGGCAUGUACGUCAACCUUGGUGUUGGUAUGCCAACUUUGGCCCCCUCUUUCCUCAACCCUGAUGUCAAGGUCUGGAUCCAGUCUGAGAACGGUCUUCUUGGUCUUGGUCCUUACCCUACUGAGGACGAGGUUGAUGCCGAUCUUAUCAACGCCGGUAAGGAGACUGUUACCAUGGUUCCUGGUGGUGCUACUUUCGACUCUGCCGAGUCUUUCGCCAUGAUUCGUGGUGGUCACGUUGAUGUCUCUAUUCUCGGCGCUCUCCAGGUCAGCGCCAAUGGUGAUCUGGCCAACUACAUGAUUCCUGGCAAGGUUGUCAAGGGUAUGGGAGGCGCCAUGGAUCUUGUAUCCAACCCUGAGCAGACCAAGAUUGUUUGCUUGACCGACCACGUUGACAAGUACGGCAAGUCCAAGGUUGUGCAACAGUGCUCGCUGCCCCUUACUGGAGCUCGUGUAGUCAGCACCAUCAUUACCGACAUGUGUGUCUUCCAGGUUGAUCGCAAGAACGGUGGUCUUACUCUUACCGAGUUGGCUGAGGGCGUCACUGUCGAAGACAUCAAGGCCAACACCGAUGCAUCAUUCACUGUUGCAAAGGACAUCAAGUCGAUGGAGUAA